AUGUCCUUUGUUCAAAUAAAAAUAGAAUACGAUUACUAUUCGAGCAAACGUAUAACGCCAAUCUUUUUAAACGAAGAAGAUAUAAUUUCCAUGAAAUAUAAUGAUUUUAAAACCAGGAUUUUGAAUGACGUUCCACAUUUAUCCAAGAUAGCGUCGUUGCGAUUAACAAUCCAAGAAGAUGGUCUCGAAGUAGAUUUGUCCCCGACAUAUUUCUCCCAUCAAAUUAAAGGUAUAUUAGCAAAGUCAAAAACAAUAAGCAUUAAAGCCAUUGAGUUUGACUCUCCAAUCGUGAACGCCGUCGACUGUGAAAUAAGUACUCAAAAAUCGACCACACAGUCAAGAAAACCAACAGUACGGUCCAAAGUAAGAAGAUCCUUGAAUUUAUUCCCAACAGCAGAAAAUCCUCCGGAGUCGAUUAACAGUAAAAGUGCGACAAUCAAUGACAUGCCAAAGAGCUUGCCGAUAGCAUCGCCGCUUGAACGAUAUGCGAUAAAACAAAGGAAUACUGUUCGUGAUAUCGAAAGUGAAUUAGAUCAAAAGCGAAGUGAUUUGGUACGUUUUGACGAUAGAUUGAAACGCGCCUCGGAACAAAAUGCUGGUCAUCUGUCUGUCUGCAGCAAUUGCCACUUAAAACUGGGGCAUACAAAGAAAAUUUGUUCAUUGAGCCCAUGUCAAUCUGCGUACUCUUGCGGCUUUUUGUCGAAACACAGCAGCGAGAAAUCAGUACGAACCGCACUGGAUAGGGAAGUGUCACGCAUACAAAAUAAGCUGACGUCGGCCAAAAAGGAAAUGGAAAACGCAGGGCGGGCUGCGGCAAAAGUUACUAAUUCUGCAUCAAAAAAAAUCGAGGACAUAAUCAUUAAGGAACUCCCAAGCAGAUAUGUGUCAAAUGGCCUUCGAAAUUGGAUUUUACUGAAUAAGGAUGUUGCUGCUCUGCAAAAGCAUUUGAAAGGGAUGUUGCCAUCUCGCGAUAAUGUUAUCAGAAUUCUGCACGAAUUUGUCAUUGAUGAUGAAGACGAAGAAAGAAACUUUGAAUGGGAUUUGUUUAAAGUUCAAGGAACUGAUCACAGGAUGAAAUCCCAUAAACGUCUGUUAACCGAAGAAUAUGCUAUAAAAUUUCCGCCGGGGCCGGCCAAGAAAUAUCCAAGCGGUGCAAGUAUCUCGAAACCAAAUAGACAGAAAAUGCAAGAAGAAGCUGACUAUAAACUAGCUAUGAAGAUUCAGAGAGACAAUACGGAAGAAAGCCCAGCCCCAGAAGUUGAAGUAAUCGAAGUGAAAGGUUCGCCAUUUAUAAAGCCAGAUUUUUCCGAAGAAGAUGAGGCAGUUGUGGUCUCUAGCGAGCGUGAAAAUGUUCCUACAUCACAUUCUGAUGAAAACUCUGAUGAAAACUUAGACGAUAUCCAAUUUCAAGCCGACGCUGUUGCUGCGUUGUUGCAUUUGAGUCGAAGAUCAUCAAAUUGA